AUGCAAGAUUAUCUCGAACAUGUGACCAACGAGCUGUCAUCUCCACUCAUGUCCUCUAACACAAGCACACCACAAUGGCAUGCGGCCUUUCCAACGCCAACUUUGUCUGCAGAAUCGAUAUCACCCUCUCAACUGGCAGACAUCUUGCUGGAUCCGAAGAGUCAAGUUCUCCGAGACUAUGUCGUCGUUGAUGUGCGCAGGACCGUGACCGAUUUCGAGGAGUUCGCCAUUCCUGGGUGUCUUAAUCUCCCUGCGCACUCGUUCUAUCAGACCCUGCCGACAAUCGUCAAGCUUCUCGAGCCGGUUCCGCUGGUCGUAUUUCAUUGUAAUAGCUGCAAAGAAGGUGGACGAGGAUGGCGCACCGCUGGGUGGUAUCGUGAUGCUGUCACAGCUGGGAGCUCCAGCAAAGCAGUUAUUUUGGAUGGUGGAAUUAAAGGCUGGAUCGAACAAUUUGGACAUGAUGAAAGGUUGUGCAAGCGUAUCUAA